CACACCGCAGCCAGAGCGGAGCCGCGUCCUCCCGCACCUUCGCUCAGCCCGACACCUCUGCGGGGUCGCAACCUGGGGGGGACCUAAACCCCCCGCUCCCAGUCACUGCUGGGGCGCAGCAGGCACGGGGGCGGCAGUGGCAGGGUGCCGGCAACGGGGCUGCAGUGGGGCGCAGUGCGGGCUGGGGGCAGUGCUGAUUGGGCACCGGCCAGGGGGUGCAGCAGCAGUGGGGUGCAACACGGACAGGGUGCAGCUGGGGCAGCGACAUUAAUGGGCAGGCACGGCUGCGGGCUGCAGGAGCGGCGGGGCGCGGUGGCUGCGGGCGGGCGGGAGGCGUGGGCGGUCAGUCAGCUGAUGCAGACGGCAUCAUGUGAGCGGGGCGGGCCGGGAGAGCCGCUCUGUGCCGCGGCGGCGAUGGAGGCGCUGGUACUGAGCGGGCUGGCCCUGGCCCUGGCGCUGCCCUCCGUGGCUCUGGAGAACGGGCUGGCGCGAACUCCCCCCAUGGGCUGGAUGUCCUGGGAGAGGUUCCGCUGCAACGUAGACUGCCAGGCGGAUCCCCGCAACUGCAUCAGCGAGCAGCUCUUCUUCGAGAUGGCAGACCGGCUGGCAGAGGAUGGCUGGAGGGAGCUGGGCUACGAGUACAUCAACAUGGAUGACUGCUGGUCUGCCAAGCAGCGGGAUGCGGCCGGACAGCUGGUUCCCGACCCCAAGAGAUUUCCCAGUGGAAUUAAGGCUCUGGCUGACUAUGUCCAUGCCAGGGGCCUGAAGCUGGGCAUAUAUGGUGACCUGGGCAUCUUCACCUGUGGGGGCUACCCAGGCACCGUGUUGGAAAAUGUGAAGCAGGAUGCCCAGACCUUUGCAGCGUGGGGUGUGGACAUGCUGAAGCUGGAUGGGUGCUACUCGUCUGCAGAGGAGCAGGCAAAGGGAUAUCCAGAAAUGGCGAGGGCCUUGAAUGCCACAGGCCGCCCCAUUGUCUACUCCUGCAGCUGGCCAGCAUAUCAGGGGGGUCUUCCCCCCAAGGUCAACUACACCAUCCUGGCAGAGAGCUGCAACCUGUGGCGUAACUAUGAUGACAUCCAGGACUCCUGGGACAGUGUACUUUCCAUCGUGGACUGGUUCUUCACAAACCAGGACGUGCUGCAGCCAGCAGCUGGCCCCGGUCACUGGAACGACCCAGACAUGCUCAUCAUUGGAAACUUCGGCCUUAGCUACGAGCAGUCACGCUCCCAAAUGGCUUUAUGGACAGUGAUGGCAGCUCCGCUCCUCAUGUCCACGGAUCUCCGCACCAUCUCCCCCAGUGCCAAAGAGAUCCUGCAGAACCGCCUGAUGAUCCAGAUCAACCAGGACCCCCUGGGAAUCCAGGGGCGCAGGAUUGUCAAGGAGAAAUCCCACAUCGAGGUGUUUCUGCGCCCACUGUCGCAGGCUGCCAGCGCCCUUGUGUUCUUCAGCCGGAGGACAGAUAUGCCCUUCCGCUACACCACCAGCCUGGCCAAGCUCCACUUCCCUGAGGAUGCUGUGUAUGAGGUACAAGACGUGUACGCCGGGAAGAUCGUUGGGGCCCUAAGAACAGCAGACAACUUCUCAGUUGUUAUUAACCCCUCGGGGGUGGUGAUGUGGUAUCUCCGUCCCACGGAACUCCCGCUACAACCCCGGCAUGCUGUCAGACAGCAAGUCCCAGGCAAAGGUUUCCCCCCAGCCUUUCUGUGACAGGGCGCAGUGGAUGGGGUGUGGAGCAGUGCCAGGGUGAGCCGUGAGACCCCAGGGCACGUGGCUCUUCACUGCACAAGUGCCUUUUGCUGCUGAGCCCAGCAAUGCUGGGCACUGACCAUCCCCUGCUUCCAGCCUGAUGGUGUCUGCUCCGUCUCCGUAAACCAGGAAUUCUUGUUACCCACUGCCUAAGGGUGUGCAGAGCGUAGUGCCUCGGUGAUUGCAAAGCCUUUUGAGAUCCUCCUGUGGAAGAUGCCGUAUAAGUAGAGUCCACCACCACUAAAGUUUGUCAGCUCUGACACCUGAGAACUUCAUUGCUUUGAGCUGGGUACUACUGGCUGCUGCAGGGGCUGUUUGAACUACACGUGCAGAAAGGCUUUGGGUGCUUUAGUAGCUCCUAGGGUUGUGACUUUCCAUUUUUCCCCAGGUGUGUGAUGGCAUUAACCUCAAGGAUCAGACUUGGUCACCUUCUUUCUUUUGCUAUAAUCAGCUUGGUUUAGGAUGAGGAGCUGUCAGCUGGGCUGCAUCCCUCCCACAUAUCCCCACCAGGACCAAGAGCUCUUGGAGGCAUAAUGGCGCUGUGCAGUGAGGCUUUUCUUGCAGGCCUGAUUCCUGCUGCCAUGAUUCUAGAGGCCAGCACUACUAGUGUGCAUGCUAGCAUUGUAUUAAAGUCCCUCUGGUAGACGUUUACAGGAGAGCCAAAAUCUCCAUGAGCCAUGCACAAGCCCAGGAGCUGUGCUGUGGUACUCACCAAAAAC